UAACGAAGGGUUUCAAGGUGUGGGAAGGAGUUCAGUGACUAAUACCUACUGUUUGAGUAUUACAUCUUCAUUUUAAGCGAUUCGCUUGUGCCUUUUGUUCCAUCGCUUAGAACCGAAAGCCUAAUCAUGCCUCGUAUAAUGAUAAAAGGUGGAGUGUGGAGGAACACAGAGGAUGAGUGCUUGAAGGCAGCUGUGACGAAAUAUGGGAAACACCAGUGGUCCCGUAAUUCAUUACUACUACAUAGGAAGUCAGCAAAGCAAUGCAAAGCCCGUUGGAAUGAAUGGUUGGACCCAAGUAUAAAGAAAACAGAGUGGAGCCUUGAAGAAGACGAGAAACUCUUGCAUCUAGCAAAAUUGAUGCCAACUCUGUGGCGAACCAUUGCACCUGUCAUAGGACGAACAGCAGCACAGUGUUUGGAACGUUACAAGUACCUGCUGUAAGUAUGUCUUUGUAAGACAUAGGAUU